UUAAACAAUCAGUGUUACACUACAUUUACUCUUAAGGAGUUGAUUUAACAACAAAUAGUGAAAGAUACCCCCUAGUGUUGGUGAAAAUUAUCAGAGUUAAAUUGUCUCGGUAACUUUACUCUGUUAAGCUCCGCCCCUCAAUCUCACCAGAUCAGACUUGAAUUUCCUCGUGGUCGUCGCCAUUUUCUUCUACAUCGCACCGAAUGGUAAGCUCUUUUAAGUAACACGUUAAAACUAUUUUAUGUGAAUAAAUGUGUAAUAUUACUGUAUAUGUUGUAGUUUGAUGAACUUUGUGUAAUGUGAUCCGUUCAAACUCCGAAUGGAACAACUUCGCGAGCAUGUUGGUUAAGGUGAAACUUGGGGAUGGCCAAAAAUUUGUUAAAAUAUCCGAGCUGAGCCUGAAGGAAUUUUUGUCUGCUGCUUUUUUAAAGUUUGGUGUCCCAACUGUACCCGAGAAUGUGAAGGUUGUUGAUGAAUCGGGGACUGAGGUGGAUGAGGAUGUUUUUGAGGAUAUAGUUAAAGAUCCCUCAGUUGGUGUUCUCACCAUAAAACAUGGUGCAGACUUGGAAUCUGCCUCUCCACAAGCCUCUCCUGUGCAGUUAAAUGUGUCCCUGUCUUCAUCAAUUGACUCCACUGACUCACAGGAUACAGUAAUUAUUGAAGAAAGCUCUUCAAGUAAAAGAAUGAGACUAGAUGAUGAAGCUAAAAAGUUGGUGGAAUCCAUUCUUGUCCAUAAACCUGGUGGGGAGCAUAUAAUAAAUGAAUACAACCGAUUUAAGACUUUGGGAGAUGAAACGAGGAGGAAAAUGGUGAACAUCCUGGCAGCUGACAUGACAGAAAAGAAUGGUACAUCACCACCAAGGCAGGUUAAAGAAAAAUAUGCCAGAGGAAUUGUGUCUUUGUUCCCUUACCUCCGUGACCCCUUGUCCAAAAAAGGCUACGAGCAUUACUAUGAUGGUGAGAGUGGCACUGGGUACUUGGCAUGGAGAAUCAAAACUAUACAAAGAGGCCUGGCUAAAGAACGAAGAGCAUCAUUUGAUGGACAAGGAUUGUCUGUUGAGGGGAUGUCUGGUGGACCAACUGUAAGACGGGAGUCAGAGUUUACUCCGGAGACUGUCUUGAGUGAGGAUGAAUGCAAGGAAGCAAUUGCAUUCAUGAACCAUUCUGCUGAUGAGGACGCAGUCAAGAAGAAGAUGAAAUUGACAUUUGACUAUCGCCGCAACAUGGUUCUGGACCCUAUGCAGUCAAGUGAUAUUUUGACAGUCUUUCCACGUUUCAAAGACGUUAAAGGCUUGAUUGAGCAAGACUUUGUUCUGAUGUUUGGAGAAGGAGUGUCAGGCAAGCUACUGGAGAAGUGGACGACUGCAUUCAAGAAAAAAGUGAUUCAGCAGUGCAAAAAGCUUCCAACCACCAGUGAUGUUGGAGAACUCCUGCUAGCAGCUGAAUCUCCAUCUGAUGACUCAGAAGAAGGUGUUAAUUUUGUUUGGGACACUGACCUCUCUUCUAUACUACUGCUGUUGCAUCUGAUCCCACCUUCUGCCCAAGGCCGAAAGAGACCAGGAAAGGUGUCUGCUUCUCAAGCAGAGAAACAUCUUGUUGUCUUCAAGAAGAGUGGAACAAACAUUGAGGAGCAUCUUCGAAACAUCACUGCUAGUGCUCAGCCCUAUCUCCUGGCUGUGGGACCUCAGAAGAAAUCAGUUCACCAGUACUUCAUCAUCCUCGAUCAGCAUGCCAUUCCAUGCAAUUCAACCUCUUCUCUUGGUGCCUUUGACGAACUGUUUAAGGCACACUUUGUUUUUGGUACCUCCUACAACACUAUGCUACACAACAUGUACACUUUCAUUCAGACCACUGUGUACAACAUAGAUGUUGGGAAAGUGAAAGAGAGUCCUCGUGUUGCUGAGGUCAGAGCAAGGCUGCUUAGCUAGGUCCCUUACGUUUUUCCUGCCCCCAUGAAGUGUUUUGUAUGUCAAGCUGAUUCAAAUGGUUCAAAAAUGCUUCUUAGGCACCUCAGAUUAGUUCAUGGUUUUGUUCCUGGGAAGAAUCUUCGCCUUAAAUGCAUAGAAGCAGGUUGUGGUUCUGUGUUCGGUACUUUUUCAGGUUUUAGGAAACAUCUGCACACAAAACAUGCUGAGCAAAGUGACGGUGAGCAUAAUUUUGACACCACUGAUAGCCAUGAGACUGCCAAGGCAGAUGGACCAAGUAAUUCUGAAGUAUUUGAUCAGAUUGGCAGUGCCGGAGAGGUGGCUACAACAUCUGUAUUGUUAACGUCAAAUAAGAGCACUUUCAAUAUGUGUGCGUCUGCUGUUGCACAACUAAAAGUUGCUGGAUUAAGUCAAUCUGCUAUAAAUGGUUUUGUUUCAUCUAUGGAGGAAAUGGUUUCUGAGAUUCAUAGUCAGGCCCAGGAUGCAGCCUUGCUCUGCCUGCCUUCACAGGACACUGCUACUAAAAGAAAGCUAGAACAUUCAUUUCAAAACUUGGAAAAUCCAUUUACUUUGCUAAAUUCUGAAACCAAGCGAAAGAGACUCUUUAUGGAAAAGUGGGGAAUUAUUGAACCAAGCGAAAUCGUGCUUGGCACAAGAUUUGACAGCAGGAGAAAUAAAACCACAGGAACAUUUGAUCAGGUUGUUGUAACUGAUAAAUUUGCUUAUAUUCCCAUUUUCGAAACAUUGAAGGCAAUUUUACAAAAUCCGCAACUUACUGAUUUGUUUAAACCCAGGCAUGUUCCAAAAGAAGGCAUUUAUGUUGACUUAAGUGAUGCAGCAUAUUUUAAAAGUAAUCCUUUAUUUUAUGCAGAAAAGGAUGCCUUACAAAUUCAGCUAUUUUAUGAUGAUUUUGAGACCGCUAAUCCUUUGGGAUCCAAAAGGGGCAUACACAAAUUAGGUGCUAUCUAUUUUACAUUAAGAAAUUUCCCCCCAGUUUUUAACUCCUCAUUGGUGAAUAUUCAUUUAUGUGCCCUCUUUCAUGCACAGGAUAUUAGGCGCUAUGGUUUUAAUUCUAUACUUGAGCCUCUAGUUAAUGAUUUGAAAGUACUUGAGAUUGAGGGGGUUAAGAAUCCAGUAACUGGAAGUUGUAUCAGGGGUACUAUUGUUCAAGUCACUGGAGAUAAUCUGGGCUUGCACGGCUUGUUUGGGUUUCUCGAGUCAUUUGGGGCUCGAUAUUGCUGUCGUUUCUGUCUUCUUGAGAAAGAUCGCUUUCAGUCUGUGUUCUGUGAAGAUAAUCCUGAGGUUGUACUAAGAACAUCUGAGAUGCAUGCUCUGCACUGUGAAACUUUACAAACUAAUUCUACACUACCCCAUGUUUA